AUUUGUUAUCGUGACGUCUUAGUAACAUGUCGUUCAGUCCUACAAUGCAUUUUGAAUAAUAUCAUUUUUUACCCGGGGACGUGGCAGACUAUAUUCAAAAUUCAUAAGGAUUUAAGUGACAAAAUAUAUAUUUGUCUAACAUUUACAUAAUUGUGUAGGGCAAACAAGACUUUAAAGACACGGAAUGUUGUUAAUUUAACAGGAUUUAUGAUGUUUUCGCUGAAACGGAUGUCUCCCAGGUGUUGUAUCCAUGUAAAAUUAUAUUGAAUCGCAUGUAUGAAUUUUACAUUCAUGUAAAACAUCACAGACAAUUAAUCAGGUUAUGUUAAGCUCUCUGUAGCGUGCUUAGAAAAUCAUCGGUAAAAACUAUAUGACGUCAUCAAAUUUUAAUUGACAAAUGGCGUCAAAAGAAAACGAACAUUACUGGCGACUUUAUUUUUACCUGAAUAGCGGAGUUUCCGUUUUGUCAAGGGACAUAAUUGAAAGCAAAUCGGAUGGACUUGGGCAAGAUUUGAGCUCUCUCUUGAGGAAAAAUGAAGGAAAAAUUAGAAAAAAUUCUAGCUUAAAUGAUACUGACUUAGGUGUAUUAUUUCCUGAUGAUGGCGAAACAAAUAUGCUAAAAUGGAAUGCAAAUCUGUACCUGUGUGUAAUACCUGCAAUAUUUCGAGACUUGUUGAAACCGAAUGACAGGAUAAAAUUGAGACUUCUUCAAAAUGCUCUCAAAGAUCUGUGGGACAUGCAAGACGACACCACAUUAGACAAUCUAAGAUAUGAACAACACGUUCAAAACCUUGAGGGAGCAUUUCUCGUUCUUGCAUUUAAUGAAGAUUUGACGAUGAAAAUGGUAGAAAUGAAGAAAGUCUAUAUAGAUCAGCCACUAGAUUUUUUUCGUUUAGUAAGGGAUACGGCGAAAAUGGAUUUUCCUAGCGGUUUAGAAGAAAAAGUUGCAGAAUUUCUGAAACAGAUUCCUUCAAGAAAAGAAAUCAGAAGUGCCGUCUCCGAAAGAUUUGAAAACUCAAACGAUUCGGGAUGUAUUAUUUAUGAAAGACGUCCUACACACUUAGGUGCCGGAGCUUCAAGCAGAGAUGUAGCAAAUUCAAGCGAUGAAACAGGUACUGUUCCCAUCUCAGAAGAGGAGAAGGAUGCGUUUGAUGAAAUAGUACGAAGAGCUACUAAACCACAGACUGACAAAGAAAGAAGAAGUUGGUCACAAGAAUGGCAGAAAGUAGAUAUAGAAAGUAGUCACAAACAACAAGAUUUCGAAAAACUUGUAACAGAAAACUUAGAAAAGUGGAAACAGGAGCCUGUAAAUAUUGCUGUUAUAGGUCGAUCAGGAGCUGGGAAAUCACGCUUAAUCAAUGCCAUUAGGGGAUGUACAUCUAAGGAUGACCAACUAUACGCAAAUGUUGGUACAACCGAAACCACACUUGAGGUGAAAAGGUACCCUCAUCCACAUAAUCCGUUAUUAGUAUUUUGGGAUCUCCCAGGAAUUGGAACAAAGAAAUUUCCGAGGAAGGAUUUCAUUGAAAAUAAGAAAAUUGCCUUUUUUUCGUAUGACGUUUACUUAAUUGUAUGCGCUGACAGGUUUACGGAGGAUGAAGAAACAUUUGCGGAGAUACUCGAAAAGUCAGGCAAAACAUUUCUUUUCGUGAGAACCAAAGCCGAUGUGAAUGAAGAUGAGUUCGAAAAUUUUGAAAUGGAAUUGGGCAAAAUACGUAAAGAUUGUGUAGAAAAUCUCUGUUCGAGGAAAAUAAAAGACAAAGACGUUUUUUUAAUUUCAAGUAAGUUUGUUGACCAUAAGCUAUUAGAUUUCGGCAAAUUAGUUGAAAGGCUUGUUGGUUCUUUGCCUGACUUGAAGAAGGAAGCGAUAUUGAACUCCCUGCAAUUUCACACUAAAACUCUUCUCAAGGAAAAACGAGCUGAAUUGGAAUCAAGGUUGUUUCGAGCUAGCGUGAUGUCUGCUUUUUGUGGUGCAUGGCCUGUUCCAACAAUGUCUUUUUCUGUCGACUUUGAUAUCAUCUCCAAGGAACUUGUUGCAUAUCGACAAAAUUUAUGCAUUACUGUAAAGUAUCUUGAGGACAUAGCAAACAAGACAGAGAUAUCUGUUGACGAUCUGAAAACUAAAUACUCACUAAAAUCUUUCACUUUAUACAAUUGUAUGGAAGAAGAGGGCGGUUUGUUUUCAAAAUUCGCUAAACUUAUACCAACCUUCGCGUCGAUUGCAAUGUCAAAAGGUGGGUCGACGAUUAUACCUAUACCCUUUAUUGGAUCAUUAGCAUCAGCAGGACUGUCGUUUUACACAACGUAUAGGUUCCUGGCAUCAGCCCUUGACGACAUGGUUCAGGAUUCUGAAACACUGCUAGAUAUUCUACUGGAAAGAACUGGCAAAAGAAUAUUACACACUAAAUGACUAACUAACUAGGGGAUUUUUGAGACUAUAUGAACAAUAAAUACAUUAUUUAUGAUAUAAAGGUUAUUAUGUCCAAACGAUUAUAUCAAGUAUACUUUGAAGUGGGUAUAGCUGGAUACCGAAAAAAUAAGUUGUUUUCACGAAAAUAAGAUCGCUGCUACGGAAAUAAGAUUUAUGUUUAUAUAGUGUAUUUAUCUGUUAUGAUAAUUAUGUUUAUUGUCUAUUUAUGCUUUGUUUGAAUCAUUUUACAGCGAAUUAAAUAUUCUGAACAAAAAAAAUAAUUAUCUUAAUAAGGAAUAUACUGUAUGCUUUCUUUGACUGAUUUAACAGUAAACAAGAUGUUCAGAAAUAAAAGAAAAAUAAAAAAAGCUUAGUUUGUGCCAAAAAUAAAUCACACGGAAAUAGCUGAAAUCGCUGUGAAAAGCGAAAAUAAGGUAGGUUUUCAGUUUGUUUUUAUAAAGGAAUUUGAAAUAUGAAGGUUUGCAUAAACAUGCUAUAUAUGAUAUUGUUAUAAAGGUUUUACAAAUAUAUUUGCA